AUUACUUUAAUGUACUAUUUGAGAUACUCAUUAAGACGCUGAUAUAUGUUGUAUCUAUAUGUCCGACUGUCAAUCUUGACAUGACAAUUUGACAUACCACUGUUGUCAAAUGUAUUUAUUUGGAUAUUGUAUUCAUGCUCUGCAUAGUUUUAGCAGUAACUCAAGAGUAUUCCAGAGUUCUAAAUAACGAAGAGAAUUUAGAAAGGGACAAAACGAAAAGCGAGCGUUAGAAGGUCCAGCAUUACAUAUUGUAGCACACGUGUUCACCAUGUCGCUCCGCGCGCAAAUGGAGAAGAAGAAGGCCCAAGAAGAAAUGCGGCGGCUCAUGGCAGAACGCAAGAAGAAAGAUGUCAAGGCUACAAAGAUAGAUAAUCCACUGGCCAAAUAUAAUAACUUAGGCCAGCUGAUGUGCUUACUAUGCUCUUCUGUAGUCCGUUCAGAAGCAGUAUGGCCAGUGCAUCUUAAUAGUAAACAGCACAGAGAAAACGUGGAGAAAGCUAAAGAGUUAAAGAAAAUCACUAACGAUUUCACAGAUGCUAAAAAAGUCAAGAGGUUAGGUGUUCCACCAUCAGAUGCUCCACCGGAGAAAAAAUUGAAAAGCAUCCUGAAAAAUGCCAGUGAUGUUAAACCUGUGCAGUUACCGAAGAGUAAUGUGCCUAACGUAAUUUCUUAUCACAAUGAGGAGAUUAAAAGGGCACCUUUGAAUCUGGAUUUAGUGCAGUCAACAGUAAAUGGAGAUGAUGAGAAUGAGAAAGCUGGAUCCAGUAGGAAACUCAAAGAUUCCAGUGGCAAAGAUAAAACUCUACCUGUACCAGAGGCACCUAUACCGGAAGGAUUUUUUGAUGACCCUAUCUUGGAUGCCAAGGUCCGAAAUAUUGAGUACAAGGACCCAGUAGAAGAGGAAUGGGAAAAGUUUCAAAAAGAAAUAAAGGAACAAGCUACUGCUUCAGCUGAAAUAAUAGCUGGGGAACAAGAAGAAGCCACGGCGGAAAGACAGAUUGAUGAAAUAGAAGAGCAGAUGAGAAAUUGGAACAGGGUCUUAGAACUAGAAUUGAAGAAAGAGGAAACAAAGAAAAACAAAUUAGAUACAGAACAACAAAGUGAAAAUGAAGAAGAUUCAAAUGAUGAAGGUGAUAUUGACGAAUUUUUGGAUUGGCGAGCUAAGAAAGCAUACAGUUAAUGAUAAUACAUUUAUAUUAUGAAAAUA